GUGUCAGCUAUAGGUCCUCAAUGCGCAGACUCCAGAUGGCGUUGCUGAUUGGUUGGCUUUAGAACACUUAUUGUAUGCACAGCCGUCCUGCAAGCUAUCUACAUUCAACUGUACAGUGACGUGGAUGAUGACGACGUCUGUUAAAACUUUACAAAGUAUAAAGACGUGCAUACAAAUUGGCUUGAAUGCUUGCUCCUUAAUAGUGACCCGAGCAUUUGAGGGCUCACGCUGUCUAGUCGUUUUUUGGGAAGUAGUUCAUUUUUGUCCACUAAUACAAAAAGCAUAGCGUUUAGCACUUAGCUGGUGUAACGAGAACAACCUGUGUAUGCACAGCGCAAGGAAGUUUAUCAAGUCAAAUAUAAGUGUACCACAGGAUUCUGAAUAUGAAACUGGUUGAACCGGACUGGACUUGAGAGACCACGGUUGAUAUUUAAUCCACAGAAACGGGAGCCGAUCAGUUUGUUAGCUUGUUAACAUUAGCCACUCAACACAGACAUCAAGUUGCAAACUGUCAAAAUGGGCUCUCUGCUGCGGGGUGAAGAAAUGUGUUUGGCUCAACUGUUUCUCCAAUCUGGAUCGGCAUACGACUGCAUCGGUGAACUUGGAGAACUGGGCAUUGUGGAGUUCAGAGACCUCAAUCCCAGUGUUAAUGCAUUUCAGCGAAAAUAUGUCAAUGAGAUCAAAAGAUGUGAGGAGAUGGAGAGAAUCCUUGGCUAUCUGUUAAGAGAAAUCAAGAAAGCUGACAUUUCAUUGCCAGAAGGAGAUGUGAAUCCAGUGGCUCCUUUACCUAAACAUGUGAUGGGCAUAAUGGAGCAACUGCAGAGGCUAGAAGUGGAGUUAGGUGAGGUCAUGAGGAAUAAGGAGCGGUUGCAGAAGAAUCUGUUGGAGCUCAUCGAGUAUACACACAUGCUGCGCAUCACUCGCAACUUUGGGCAAAGAAACGUUGAGAGAGAGCCGCUGCAGGUCACAUAUGAGGAGUUUCCUUUUCUAGAAAAACACAGCUUGAUGGACUACAGCAGCAUGCAGAGGCUUGGAGCCAAACUGGGUUUUAUUUCUGGACUCAUCCAGAGGGUGAAAAUUGAGGCCUUUGAGAGGAUGCUGUGGAGAGUGUGCAAAGGCUACACCAUUCUAAGCUAUGCCGAAGUCGAGGAGUAUCUUGAAGAUUCUGAUACUGGGGAGCCCACCAAAAGUGUGGUGUUUUUGAUCUCUUACUGGGGCGAGCAGAUUGGCCAGAAAGUAAAGAAGAUCUGUGACUGCUACCACUGUCAUGUGUAUCCAUAUCCCAGUAGCAACGAGGAGAGGAACGAUGUUGUGCAAGGAUUAAGUACUCGCAUUCAGGACCUGCACACUGUACUUCAUAGAACUGAGGACUACCUUAAGCAGGUCCUGAUUAAUGCAUCAGAAUCAGUCUACACCUGGGUCAUACAGGUCAAGAAGAUGAAAGCUAUCUAUUACAUCCUCAACCAGUGUAGUUUUGAUGUCACCAACAAGUGUCUGAUCGCUGAGGUAUGGUGCCCUAUCAAUGAGCUUCCAGCCCUGAGAAGAGCACUAGAAGACGGAUCGAAGAAAAGUGGAUCCACAGUUCCCUCCUUUGUUAAUCGCAUCCCUACUAACGACGCUCCACCCACACUGAUAAGAUCCAACAAAUUUACUGCUGGCUUCCAGAACAUUGUUGAUGCAUAUGGGGUGGGCACAUACAGAGAAGUCAACCCUGCUCCUUUCACAAUCAUCACGUUCCCCUUCCUGUUUGCUGUGAUGUUUGGAGACCUGGGUCACGGUCUUCUUAUGGCUUCCUUUGCGUUCUGGAUGGUGUUAUAUGAGAACAACCGCAAACUGAAGAACACCAGAAAUGAAAUCUGGAACACAUUUUUUGAGGGCCGUUACAUCAUCCUCUUGAUGGGCCUCUUCUCUGUCUACACUGGCCUCAUAUACAAUGACUGUUUCUCCAAGUCCAUCAACAUCUUUGGUUCUGGAUGGAGUGUGAAAGCCAUGUUCACAGCUCAAGCAUGGAACGUCGAAGAUGUCAACAGGAAUAGCCUUCUUACUCUGGAUCCAAAUGUUACUGGAGUUUUCAAUGGACCAUAUCCUCUCGGAAUUGACCCAAUCUGGAACUUGGCAUCCAACCGGCUUACGUUUCUGAACUCCUAUAAGAUGAAAAUGUCUGUGAUAUUGGGCAUCAUUCAUAUGAGCUUUGGGGUGAUCCUAAGCACUUUUAAUCAUUUGCACUUUAGAAGGAGGCACAAUAUCUACUUGGUAUUCCUCCCAGAACUCCUGUACCUGCUCUGUCUGUUUGGCUACCUGGUAUUCAUGAUACUCUACAAGUGGCUCUUCUUCUCUGCCAACAACUCCAGACACGCUCCCAGCAUCCUCAUUCACUUUAUAAACAUGUUCCUAAUGCAAGGUGAUGCAGUGCAACCCCUCUUUCCUGGACAGAGUGGCCUGCAGAUGUUUCUAGUGGUCAUAGCUGUACUGUCAGUGCCUGUCUUACUCCUGGGGAAACCACUCUACCUCUAUUGGCUUCACAAUGGAAGUCAUCGGCUAAGAAUGUACAGGGGAUAUGAGCUUGUGCGUCGUAGCAGUGAAGAGGAACUCUUCUUGUUGCGGACUCAUGACAUGGAGGAGGGCAGCAGUCAUAGUGAGCUCUCUACUAGCGGAGAGCAGCACACAGAGGAGUUUGACUUUGCUGAUGAGUUCCUGCAUCAGGCCAUUCACACUAUAGAGUACUGUCUGGGGUGCAUUUCCAAUACAGCCUCUUACCUCAGGCUCUGGGCUCUGAGUCUGGCACAUGCCCAGCUAUCUGAGGUGUUGUGGACCAUGGUGAUGCGAGUAGGACUACGAAUGGAAACAAGUCUUGGGGUUUUAUUCCUGGUGCCAGUGUUUGGUCUGUUUGCCGUUCUUACUGUGUCCAUCCUGCUGGUGAUGGAGGGCCUGUCUGCUUUCCUCCAUGCCCUUCGGCUGCACUGGGUAGAGUUUCAGAAUAAAUUCUACAGCGGGACCGGAGUCAAGUUUUGCCCUUUUUCCUUCUCUCUUCUGCCCUCCAGCUUUGAACAGGAAGGCUUACUGUGACAGACAUUUUGAAGAAAGCUAAAAUGUGAUUGAUUAGUCCAGUUAUUUCAUAAAUUGACUUGACAUUUUUUGCUCAACUCUUACACCUUUUUAAAAUAUUAUGACUGCAACACAAUUAUUAAGUAUUUGCAAGACCACUGCCGUUUUAAAUUGUCCAUAGGUAUGAAUGUGAGUGUGAAUGUUUUUUCUGUCUAUAUGUGCCCUGGGAUUGGCUGGCGACCAGUCCAGGGUGUAUACCCCGCCUCUCGCCCGAAGACAGCUGGGAUAGGCUCCAGCACGCCCGCGACCCUUGUGAGGAUAAGCGGUAGAAAAUGAAUGAAUGAAUGAAUGAAUGAACACUGCCAGUAUGAAAUGUACCCAAACUACUGUUUUUCUAUUGAUACACUAUACAGUAUAUAACAGUCUGUUUUGUAGUUUGAGCCGUAUGCUUCACUUGAGAGUAUUUUGUACAGUUAAGGAAAUAAUAUAGAAAGCCAGUUUUCUGAUUAGGCUUCAUUGGUAAUGUUAUGUGUAUGAGGAAGCACAUGUCCUGAAUCAAGAACAGUUAAACAGAAGAUAAAGUAAUUUUUUGCACAAUUAGUUAUGCUUAUUGCCUGCGAUUUAGUAUUUAUAAAUUAUUUUUUUUAAACACUCCUUAACUUCAUUAUUUAUUUGAAUCCUACUGUGUCCAUAAAUUCAUUUUCUUUUGCUUUUUCCCAACUUUCACUUUUUUGGUAGAUUUGGUUUCCAAAUUUGUAGAGUGCAGUCCUACAAUAUCAUUUGCACCGCUUCAAUUACACAAUAAAUGAGUCCUCAGUUAGCCUUGUCUUCAUUUCUGAUACCAAAACACUUGAUGAGAUGUGAUGUUUUUCUUGUUUUUAAUUGAAAGUGCUCAAGAAGGAUGUAGAUGAUAUGUAAAUACCUUGGCUUAAUUAUUUUUUUAAAUGUAUUUUUAAAUGCUUGUGAAUUAAAGAUGAUUGUACAGUUCAUGUUUU